UGGUUUCUGGUGGAGGAUGGAAACCAACUCUGAGCAUUAAAUGUUGCUGUUUUUUCAGAAUGAGCUGCUUUAAAUUGAGCAAACUGCUGAUGUUUCUCCUCCACCUGCUUGUCUCGCUGAGCGGCCUUUCUCUUCUGGCCAUGGGGAUCUGGGUGACCGUAGAUACGGACCCCAUCCUCCACCUGCUGGGGCCCUUCUCCAGUCACUUCCUGGAGUUCAUUCACAUCGGCCUGUUCUGCAUCGCCAUGGGGGCCACGCUGCUGCUGCUGGCCCUCCUGGGCAGCUGUGGGGCCCACACACAGAGCAAGUGUCUCCUGCUCACGUUCUUCUCCAUCAUCCUGGUCAUUUUCAUCUCUGAGGUGGCAGCUGGAGUCGUGGCUCUGUUCUACUCUUCUAUUGCUGAAGACAUCGUCAGAGCGUGGGCGAUUCCUGCGCUACAGAACGGUUAUGGCACUGAUCCGAUGGUCACUGGCAUCUGGAACACCACCAUGACAGAAUUCCAGUGCUGUGGGUUCUCCAACUACACUGACUUUAUGGGUCCAGAGUUAAAGGAGCAGAACAGAACCGGGCUCCCGUCCAGUUGCUGCUCCAUCAACAUGGACCCCUGCAGCUCAAUAGAGGCGGCACGCCUACCUGUGCAGGGCUGUUUUGAUCCCAUCCUGAAGAACCUGAAGGAACACACCAACGUUGCAGGAGGCGUCGCUGCAGGAGUUGGACUUUUAGAGGUCGCUGCCAUGAUCAUCGCCAUGUACCUGUUCUUACACCUGGAUGGAAAAGCCAGCUGAAGUUUCUGGAGGCUGUAGAUCCUGAUUCCUGCUGCUCUUCCUCUUAAAUCUGCCCCGCCAGUCUUCUUCACUCUCUGCUUAUGUUUCAUUUGAUUUAAAGUCAGCGCAGAGAAAUCCUGUAGGGAUACUGACAAAUCCAUUUUAAUAAAACAUCUGAUCUAUUGUUUUAUUUGGAUCUUAAAGCAUUUGCUUAUCUACUUGGUUUUCUAACAGUGAUGGAGCUCAUUGACAGAAAACAGAAUAA